AAAGAGUGUCAGAAGAAUGACUGGAAGUAUCACAAGAAUGAGUGUCCACUCUAUAGACACGAAUGCAUUGAAACCCUUUUGAGUGAUAACGACAUACGGUUUUGGCUCCGACUCUACCUUUCGGUGCAAAACAUCCCAAACUUUGCCACAAAAAAGUACCGAUUGUUUGACGGAUCGGAUGUCAGUCUCAGAGACAUCGAAGUGAAAGACAUUAUUGUGAACGAAAAUGAGAGAAGAGAUCAAUUGGAGGACAUUUAUGGUAUAUUCAGAAGAUUGGGUGUCGAUUACGAUCCCCGAGAAGUAGUUCAUUGUAUUAAACAUACAAAUGUUGUCAAAAAUUUGAUCAAAAACAGCACAUUCCUCAAAUCUAACCUAAGGGUCGGUAUUAUUGGUCGCGGACUAUACAUACAGUACAUAGUCCUCCGCCACAGCUGUCAGCCCAACAGUGCUUUCAUAUUCAACUGCAGAGGACUGUCGAAGGAAUUGCGGGCAAUGAGACCAAUAGCCGCCGGCGAAGAGAUUACCGUCGCUUUGGUGCCAUUGUUUCAAAAGCGUGCGGACAGACAACAGGCACUCAAAGCCUAUUCAAUAGUGUGUGAGUGCGACAAAUGUGUCCACCAUUUGGACCGUCGGGUCGAUUACACACGUCUAACGCCGACAACAUUUUUCCCGCACAAUGUUUUCGGCAAACAAUUGUUGAAUUAUUGGCGCCAAUUGUCGCCCGAUUUGGAUGUAGUGUUUGGCCAAUACUAUCCGUUAAAGACAAUGAUUUUAAUGCAAUUCUUUAUGCAAUUAUCCAAAUGUCCGCUAAUUUGCGAAUCGGUUUCCAAUGAAUUUAAUGCCAUUUUAAUGAAAUCAAUUGAUGUGACUCUUCCUGAUAGAAGUGAUUUCAAGUUUGGAUCAGUUAUCUAA